AUGACAGUCAAACACCUCCAGAGUGUUGUGCUCAUAUUGAAGCGUUCCUACGGGCAUUCAGUGCAGGGGGUGAAGACCAAGAGCGAAGUGGCAUGAGCAAAUCAACCGACACUGACACUGGAUGUCACCACAAGUACACAGCCUCCAGAGUGUGUGAAGAAAGGAUGUUGGUGUCAGGGAGGACAUUCUGUCCUUGGGGACCGGUUGCCACUGAAUGUCCCGUCUGAAGCGAUGGACCGUGGCCUGUUUGGGGAGCUCAGCAUCCAGCUUGUCACUCUCCUCAGUUCCUGUGUGUUGCACUACCCCAAUAUGGCAGCAGAGCUCACCCACAUGCCAGUGUUGGUAUGCGCCCCCAGUGUUGUUCCUGUCACAGGCCCCUCCACCCUCUUCCAGAACCUGCCAGCACAUCUGGACUAUCAGGAACUGGGCUUGCGAGGCCUUCACUGCUCGUCCUUCAAAGCCAAGGAGGUGCUGAUAGAGCACCACCUGGUGGAUGUUCUGAACUACAACAGGCAGACGGUCACAAUAGCCCUGCAGACUGAGCUGAAGAACGCAUUGAAAGCCCAACAUCACAGAAAAAAAGGGCAAGACCAAGAGAAGCUGCAUUUAGCUGCUGAGGUCAUUCUCAGUUUCUGCCUCAGUGCUCAAGACACUCUUGUGCUGCCGCUUUCCCUCUGUGAAUCACUUAGGAGGGUGACAUCAUGGAAAUUCAUUCCCAGGGGCAGCUGCUACUCUGCUCAGGCAAGUGGGAUGAUUAUUGUUCCUCACAUCAAGCAACAGUUCAGUGAUUUCAGGCAUUUUGGACAUCAAACUUUUAACCUAUAG